AGUCACGUAAUGACCAUUCACCGCCCAUAAUUUUCUUUUAUUCUCUGAAACAAAUUAUUAAUAAUAAUGAAAGAGAAAAAACCAAAAACAAAAAAAAGGAGCAGCUUGACCUCCCUUUUGUGAAGCACCCAUAAUCUUAGAGAUGGAUAUUUGAUAGAUUUCCCUUUGAUCUCCUUUUCUCUUUAAAGAAAAAUUAGUUUUCGAUUUCAUUUUCAAUUUUAUAUAUUUUGGAUUAGAUUUGGUUGGUCUUAGGGAAAAACAAAGGAAAGGGCAAUGUCAACCCCAGCAAGGAAGAGGCUGAUGAGAGACUUCAAGAGACUACAGCAAGAUCCACCUGCUGGUAUUAGUGGGGCUCCUCAAGAUAAUAAUAUCAUGUUUUGGAACGCUGUAAUUUUUGGGCCUGAUGAUACUCCUUGGGAUGGCGGUACGUUCAAGCUGACUUUGCAGUUCAUGGAGGAUUAUCCAAAUAAGCCUCCAACCGUUCGGUUUGUCUCACGGAUGUUUCAUCCAAAUAUCUAUGCAGAUGGGAGUAUUUGUCUCGAUAUUUUACAAAAUCAGUGGAGUCCUAUAUAUGAUGUUGCCGCUAUACUCACUUCGAUUCAGUCUCUUCUUUGUGAUCCGAACCCGAACUCUCCAGCAAACUCGGAAGCGGCUCGUAUGUUUAGUGAGAAUAAGCGGGAAUACAACCGAAGAGUGCGUGAAAUAGUGGAGCAGAGCUGGACUGCUGACUGAAUUGCAGUAUUAGCAAUGUUAUAAAUUUGAAAGUAUCUUUGCUUCGAGGAGGAAGGAUUGAUUUGGAGAAUCGGCAAUGGAGAUGGAGUUCAUGUUUGGGAAGAUAAGUGGCUGGUUGGUUUGGUUACAGGUUUUGUCCAAACCCCUCAUAAUUUCUGGUGACCAAACCUCAAGGUGAGCGAUCUUAUGCAUCGAUCCAGGAGUGGUUGGAAUCGUGAUUUAGUGAUGACGAUGCCAAUGCGACAUUUGGGCUACCGAUCUCCGCUCAUAAUCGGCAAGAGACGAUCAGUGGAGUUUACACUGUGAGAAUAGGCUACAAACUCCUUGGAAGAAUGCAAGGUAUUGGCAGAAUGGAGCAAAACCAUUCGGACAAGGAGGGAUGGAAACUGAUUUGGCUAUCUAAGUUACCACCAAGAAUUAAGAUGCUCCUUUGGAGAGCUGGGAACAACAUUCUCCUGAUCAGCAGUAUACUAGUUCGACAUAGAAUUUCGAUGGUGAUGAAAUAUAUUUACGUGUUGCGCUCUUGUUAAAGUUUGGGACCUCUUGGCUUUCUCAUCUAAAGUCUAUGAAGUUGAAGGAAACUCUUUCUUUGAAUGGCUAAUCAAUUGCUACCCAAAAUUUGGAAUUGGGGAGUUUCGUAGGUGGUGUGAAUCGAUUUGGACAGUUUAAAAUAGGACGAAAUUUCGAAGGAAGCGCGAUGAUGCUUGCGAAGUAGUGGAUUUUGUUAGGACGAUGAUUUUGAUGCAUCCUUUAUUGUUAAAAACACCUUUGCUACCCAUUUUCCCAACAAAUGGAAGCAGCCACCUAGAGGACCUAUGAAGCUUAAUAUUGAUGCUGGUUUGAUUGUUGAUGCAGGGGUGGUGCUAUCAUUCGUGACUCUGAUGGAGCUCUUGCUAGGAAAGUACCUCAAUUGCAAUCGUGCAGCGCGGGUGAUGACACCAGCAUUGCAGUGUUCGUCUGGAGUUAGAUUAAGCUAGCGUAAAGCCAAUCCACGUGGUCACUGGAACUACGAAGCAUGGGGGAUUGUUAUGUCCAAUUGCGGUACGGAAAACAUGGAACCAUGCUGCUAUAGAUUUAGCAAAUUUUGCUUUCAAUGUAAGUUGAUGAAUUUGUUUGGAUGGAGGAAAGUCCUCUUUUCUUGGAGGGCUGUCUUCAACUGAAUUUCUCUAAAAAUUAUAUUUUCAUUAGGGUA